AUGCUAUCGCCCUUUUUGAGAGUUUAUCUGAUUUUUUGGGUCUUGCUGAAAGUAAGGCUAGUGGCAGCCUCAGUCAAUCCAAUAGAAAUCCACGAGCAGCAUUUCUACGACUCUGUCACAGGCGAGCCUUUUUUCAUAAAAGGUGUCGACUAUCAGCCAGGUGGCUCCUCUGACGUAACAAGUAACCGAGAUCCACUCUCAAAUGCCAAGAUUUGCGCCCGUGACAUCUUCCUCUUCCAAAAAUUGGGCAUCAACACCAUCCGAGUGUACUCGAUUAGCCCAGAUUUGAACCAUGAUGAAUGCAUGACCAUGAUGGCUGCCGCAGGAAUAUAUCUAAUUCUUGACGUCAACUCACCUUUGGAAAAUCAGCACCUCAAUAGAUACGAGCCUUGGACAACUUACAAUGAGGACUAUCUGGAGCACGUCUUUAAGGUUGUGGAGCAAUUUAGCCACUACAACAACACUUUGGGAUUUUUUGCGGGCAACGAGAUCAUCAACGAUGGUCAGUCUGCAAGACGCUGCCCCCCGUAUAUAAGGGCGGUUGUCAACGAUAUGAAGCAGUACAUUCAGGCUCAUUCCCCACGCACCAUCCCAGUGGGCUAUUCGGCAGCUGAUGAUUUAAGGUAUCGGAUACCCUUGUCACAGUACCUGGAGUGUCACGACGAAAAACAUCCGGAUUCAAGUAUCGAUUUUUAUGGUGUCAACUCAUAUCAAUGGUGUGGUCCACAAACCUUCCAGUCAUCUGGGUACGACCAGCUUGUUGACGCAUACAAGCAAUAUUCUAAGCCCGUUUUCUUUUCGGAAUUCGGAUGCAACACCUUUAGGCCACGCUCGUUCGAAGAGGUCGAAGCAUUAUACUCAGAAGAGAUGAUCAACACUUUCAGCGGAGGCCUUGUUUAUGAAUUCACCGAUGAGCCCAAUGAGUAUGGGUUGGUAAAGAUUGAUGAUGACAACAGCGCCAAGAUUCUUCAAGACUUCGCGAACUUGCAAGACCGCUUCGCUAAGAUUGAAAGUAAAGAAUUUCAAAUGAUUCGCAAAAAUGCAGUGAGCUUGAUGGCCACUGCUCCUUUACCAGCUUGCAAAAAUAGUUAUGAAAACCUUCAAGUUGACGCUUCCGUAGCAGACGGUAUAGCCACGAAACUCCUCAGACGGGGAGUAGAGCAGGAAAAAGGCAGAUACUUGAAUCUCGAGAAUUCUGCUUUUUCUUCGGAAUAUGAAAUUCAUGACGUAAAUGGAAGGUCCCUCGAUAGCCCUCGCAAAAUAUCAAUAAUUCAUCACAUCGAGGGCACGGAACCUGAGGCCCGACACCUGGACCAAUCUCAUGCAACAGGACCAACCUCCACUGUGGCCACAAAAUUGAACGAGGACAAACAUGAUAGUGUGAAAAUGAAUGAAGGUGUGUCAGCCAUGCCUUCCACAGCUUCCGUUUUAUCUUGGUUCUUGGGUUCAGUUUAUUUGCUUGCGAGCUUGAUACUACUAUAA